AUGGAGGUCGUGUAUAUGUGCGAGUGGGAGAAGAGACCCAAAAGCAACCAUCGCCCCUCAAUCCCGCUGGUGUGUGCGUGGUCCUGUAGAAACCUCAUUGCCUUCACCACAGACCUAAAAAAUGAAGAAGACGAUAAAGAUCUCAGUCAUAUGAUUCACAUCAUUGACACUGAACAUCCCUGGGAUGUCUACUCUAUAAACUCGGGUCAUACUGAAGUCAUCUCUUGUUUGGAGUGGGACCAGUCAGGAUCCAGACUGCUCUCUGCUGAUGGAGAUGGACAGAUCAAGUGCUGGGCGAUGACGGAGCACCUGGUGAACAGCUGGGAAAGUACUCAAAGCAGUUCCGUUGAUGGAGACCCUAUCGUGGCUCUCUCAUGGUUGCAUAAUGGGGUCAAGCUUGCUUUGCAUGUGGAGAAGUCUGGCUCUACCAACUUUGGUGAGAAGUUCUCCCGGGUGAAGUUCUCACCAUCACUCACUCUGUUUGGUGGUAAACCCAUGGAGGGCUGGCUGGCAGUGACCGUGAGUGGCCUGGUGACUGUGUCUCUGCUGAAGCCCAAUGGCACUCUGCUAUCGGCUAGUGAGAGCCUGUGCCGACUGCGUGGACGUGUGGCCUUAGCUGACAUUGCCUUCACUGGCGGAGGAAACAUUGUGGUGGCCGCAACAGAUGGCAGCAGCUCCUCGCCUGUACAAUUCUACAAAGUGUGUGUAAGUGUGGUGAAUGAGAAGUGCCGCAUCGAUACAGAGCUGCUGCCCUCUCUCUUCAUGCGCUGCACCACCGACCCGGUACGGAAGGACAAGUACCCGGCUGUCACGCACCUCAAAUUCCUCACUCGGGAGAAUUCUGAGCAGGUAUUGCUGUGCGCAUCCAGUCAGAUGGGGAGCAUCGUAGAAUGUUGGUCAUUACGAAAAGAGGGACUUCCAGUCAAUAACAUAUUUCAGCAUCGUUCACCUGUUGUGGGUGAGAAGCAGCCAAUGAUUCUGAAGUGGCGAAUCCUCUCGGCCACUAAUGAUCUAGACCGCGUUUCUGCAGUGGCACUACCUAAACUGCCCAUUUCGAUCUCCAAUACUGACCUUAAGGUUGCCUCAGAUACAAAGUUUUGUCCAGGCCUUGGUCUGGCUUUGGCAUUCCAUGAUGGCAGUAUUCAUAUACUGCACCGUCUGUCCCUCCACACCAUGGGAAUGUUCUACGGGACAUCUGGCUCGUCUCAGCGAGUAGGGGAUGAGCCGGCCAUCAAACGGCAGAGAGCUGGAGGGCCCACCGUUCACUUCAAAGCUCUGCAAUUCUCGUGGACGUCCCUGGCUUUGGUUGGUGUGGACAACCAUGGCAAGCUGAACAUGAUCCGUGUCUCGCCCUCCAUGGGGCAGAUGUUGGACAUGAACACUCUGCUGCGCCACCUGCUGUUCCUUCUGGAGUACUGUAUGGUAACAGGCUAUGACUGGUGGGAUGUACUGCUGCAUGUGCAACCUAGCAUGGUCCAUAACCUGGUGGAGAAGCUCCAUGAGGAGUACAUGAGACAAAAUCAAGCUCUGCAGCAGGUGCUAUCUACCCGAAUCGUGGCUGUGAAGGCAUCCUUGUGUAAACUGUCCUCAGCCACAGCAGCCCGAGCGUGUGAUUUUCAUGCCAAACUACUCCUCAUUGCCAUUAGCUCCACUCUCAAAUCUCUGCUCAGACCCCACGUCCUCAACACACCAGACAAAAGUCCAGGAGACCGACUGGCAGAGAUCUGCGCCAAGAACACAGACACUGACAUUGACAAGGUGAUGAUUAACCUGAAGACAGAGGAGUUUGUUUUGGAUGGGCCUCCGCUCCAAUCCCUUCAACAGCUCAUUCAGUGGGUGGGAGACUUCGUUCUCUACCUGCUUUCCAAUCUGCCCAACCAGCAGGGCUCCAUAGUGCGUCCAGGCUUUGGCUUCCUGCGGGACGGGCCCUCUCUGGGCAUGCUGAGAGAGAUGAUGGUGAUGAUCCGCAUCUGGGGCCUGCUGAAGCCUGGCUGCCUGCCUAUCUACACAGCCACGUCCGACAACCAGGACAGCAUGUCUCUGCUCUUCCGCCUCCUUACCAAGCUCUGGCUCUGCUCCCGGGACGAGAGCCACCCCCAGGAACCGGAUGAGACGUUGUUGGAUGAAUGCUGUCUGCUGCCCAGCCAGCUGCUUGUGCCCAGCAUGGACUGGCUGCCCAUCAAUGACGGAGUGAUCACUAAGAUCCAGAGCAAACACCAGCUGCGGCUACAGUUUGGCAAGCCCUACACCCUGCCUGGACUCAACCCCAACUCACAGAUGGAGAUUUUCUCCAGGAGUCCAGCGUCGCAGAGGAUGGACAACCUGCGCUGUUUACACAUGGGCAUCUCUCCAACUGAGGACAGCAAGGCUUGCACCAGGUGUGGCUGUGUCACGAUGCUGCGCUCCCCAAACAAGACCAAUGCUAUGAAGCAGUGGGAACAGCGCUGGAUUAAGAACUGUCUGUGUGGGGGUCUCUGGAGGAAAAUCCCCCACUCUCUCUCCUGAAAUUAUAAACCUUUUUCAUGGACUCUGCCCAAACCAGACAGACAGUGUGUGAUGUUCAAAGGAUGCAUCUCAUUCAGUCUUAAACCCUCUGCAGUCCAGCUCUAAUGCCCUACUUCUGUGGCUCACAAAUCUAGUGAGUCAGUUUUGGAUGUAACCAGGAACAGAUACGGCAGUAAUAGAGAUUUUUUUUUUCUUUCAGAUUUCGUUUGCACUGCCAGGUUUAACCCCCAGUCACACGCUAACAUGUCCAUUACUUGCAAAGGGUGAAUGUCAUGUUUUGCCUGUAAAUAUUGACCUAGUUUGCUUUUCAUAUCUCUUUUUGUACCAUUUUAGCUUGCAAUAAACUCCAAGUCAGAGUUGACCAUAA